CCCAACCAACGGUGUUCGCGUGGUGCUGCAAGAACCUCGCUAAAAGUUAACAAACAGUACUCGAUCGAAGCGACUUUGCUGCAGUACCCGCGAAAGUCCCUCUCGCUAGUUCGCUUGCGGUACUUCUUACGGUCUUAUUUAUUUAUUUAUUUUUUCAUAUCUCGCAAUCGCAAUAAAGUGUUUUAAAGUGCGUUAUUAACCUUAAAAAAACCAUAUUUUGGAUUAUUUCUCGUUCGGUCUUUAAAAGGUUACCUGAUCCGUUUGGUGCUAACUCAUCCAGAAUUUCCAUGAAAAAGCCGAAAGUGUCCAGUACUCAUCACUUACUUCUAAGGAUUCUUUUGGAUGUAAUGUAAGGUCUUUCCGUCUAAAUAUCUUAAAUGGUUAGAAAAAGGUUAUUUUUUCGGCAAAUAUGCUGCCUUCAAGGACCUUUUUUAUACCUAUUAGCUGGAUAGCAGGCUUACUCUGUAUAGUUACCGGGAUACCAUGGAUAGAGAACACCCAGGAAGUCCUAGAUACUUACCAUGACAUCGCUGUGUACAACGCAGUGGUGGAAUCGAUGAACGAAUGGCACAAAAGGCAAGAGCUCAGGAAAGCGGGAAAUAGAACUAAAAGGGAAGAACCUUCGGUUUGUUAUGAGAAACUCGGCUGUUUUGAUGCCUCUGGACCGUUUGGAUAUCUGGACAUGUUGCCCAGUAAGCCAGAUGAAAUCAAUACGAAGUUUCUUAUGUAUCCUGCAAGAAACAGACAAAGAAGAAGUGGUUCGGUCCCGACAGAAGUACCAUUCGAAAAAAUGGACGAGGCAUUCGAGUGGGCCAAAAGUGGCUUCAAUCGAAGCCUACCCACCAAAGUGUUGGUCCACGGCUUCGGCAGCGACUGCGGCUACAUUUGGGCCUACGAAAUCCGAAGUGCUUUGAUGGCUGUGGAAGAAGUGAACACGAUAUGCGUGGAUUGGUCCAACGGGGCGGCCCUACCCAACUACGUAAAAGCCUCGGCGAACACCCGUUUAGUUGGCAAACAAGUCUCUUUGCUCCUGAGGGGUUUAGUGGAGAAAAACGGGUUAUCCCUAUUAAACACCCACCUUAUUGGUUUCAGUUUGGGUGCACAUAUUGCGGGAUUUGCCGGGGCUGAUUUGGGGAAUCUUAGCAGGAUUACAGGUUUGGACCCCGCCGGUCCUUUAUUUGAAUCCCAAGACACCCGUGCCAGACUGGAUGAAACCGACGCGGGAUUUGUUGACGUCAUUCAUAGUAACGGUGAAAAUCUGAUUCUGGGUGGUCUGGGAUCAUCCCAGCCAAUGGGACACGUGGACUUUUAUCCUAACGGAGGUCGUAUGCAGAAGGGCUGUAGUCAUUUGUUCGUUGGGGCUGUUAGCGAUAUCAUUUGGUCUCCCGCUGUGGAGGGCAGAUCGUUGUGCAAUCACAGGAGAGCCACGAAAUUUUUUAUCGAUUCAGUCUCUCCUCGAUGUCAUUUUCCCGCUUUCCCGUGUGAUACUUACGAUAACUUUUUGGCGGGAAAGUGUUUUCCUUGUAGUGGAGACAGUAAGUGUGGCAAUAUGGGGUAUUAUGCCGAUAGGUCGAAAGGAAGGGGUCAGCUGUAUCUGAUUACCAGAGAAGAAGAGCCGUUUUGUGCCCAUCAGUAUCUAGUCAGAAUAGAAACGUCACCGAGUCCUUUACCAGUGAAGAGUUACGGAAAAAUCCAAGUGACUCUAGUGGGAGACUCUUACUUAAACGAAUCUUUUCUACUUACCAGAAAAGAAGACGAGGAACUAAAACUGGGUGAACCUGUAUCGAAAAUAGUGGUACUUCAUCCCCUUUUGUCCCAACCAAUCAAGAUCGAGGUGCUUUAUACAGCCUACAGUGGCUGGCUAUCUUCUGGCCUUAGCCAGUGGAAAAUCGAUAAGGUCAUGCUGAUGGACAGCUUUGGAAAAAUAUCCUCGGUAUGCAAAAAGAACUUUAUCCUGGAAUCUGGAAAGCCCGCAAUCUUACCACUGUACCCCAGAGACUGUGACAUCCAUAAAACUGACUCUUCUGAUAGUGAAGAGGAGAUUAAGCUGGACAAGGCUGAGAACGUGCAUGUCGGGUAUCUAAAUAGCAAAGAAGAAAGUACCAAUAGUCUGGAUGAUGUAGAAGCGGAAUCCAGUCGUGCCUUCAACAGUCGAGUGAUAAAAGCGGACAAAAUCAAUAAAAAUACUGAUGCUCUCAAUAGGGAAGUGGUGGAGCCUAUUUUGAAGCCCCAACCUACGAAAAAUGGCAGGGCACACGUAGAAUCUUCCAAGUCCAAAUCUGAGAUUUCUGAACCUAUAUUAGGGCCUACAACUGUGAAGAGUGUAGACAAAAGUACGGAGAAGACCAUAAAAAGAGAAGAAGAGCUGUUGAAGGGUGAAGAUAGGCCUGGAGACACUCGUAGGAAACCUGAAGAUUCCAAGUCGUUAAGGGAUCCAGCUGUUGGAUACGAAAGAUCCCGAAACCCAUCGAAUAACCCGAACCCCUUGGACGCCAUAGUCACCACCGUACAAUUUCUACCCCAACGUCUGGCCCGAAUGUUCGAACAAGCAGAAAAAUACGCGAGAGAAACCUUUUUGCCCUUAGUAAGCACCUACACCCCCAGGUUCAUUUCGGACUUCAUAGGACAACGUGGGGAACCCAAGUACGUCCCUUUACACUAUGAGGAAGACCAGGAGAUCCAGAAAACUGCUGAGUCUAAAUCUCCGGAUGCACCCAGUAACAUUCAGCAAAGAAGUAUCUCUAUUGCUAAUGGUUUCAAUCGAUUAUCUACUGACGAGGUGCUGACUACCCCCUAUACGCACAUCCAAAGGAUCAUCAAGAAGUCACAGAAGUCGAACAACGACGUUUUGGACGAUAGUGUGCCAUCAGAGUCCAGCAAUGUGGCUGUUAUUACCGAAAGUGUCACUCUAACAACCACCUUUAGCGAUAUUAACCCUAUUUUUCCAGACCCGAAUAAAAGGUUCAAUAUAAGAGUAGAUUACGGACAAAAUGGGAAAAACAAACGACAAAACCAGGAAAAUUCCAUAACUGGCUCCAGUAAACCGGGACCGGAGCCUACGUUGAUAGAAACGGUCGCGAAUGUAUUACAAAACAUCCCUGAUAGCUUUUCAAGGGCACUGAAUCAAUUCCAGAACUACACCAGAUCCAAUAUUUUGCCUUUUGUGCAAAGUUAUUCGCCAAGGAGCUUCGCUGAUCUUCUAUGGAUCAGACCUGCCCCAAAAACGACUUUAAACAUUGAAACUAAACAGGAGAACUCUAGUGAAAUGACACAGAGAACUACAAGAGUUCGUUUCACUCUAGAGCAAAUAGAUCCACCAGAAAAUGUCAAUAAAACAAGUAAAAUUGUUACUGGUCCAAAUGAUGUUUUAAAAACUACUUCUAAGAUUCAAACUACUACUACUUCCUCUAAUACAGCAGCAGAUAUUUCAAGCACAUUGUCCACGCCUUCUAAAGUUGAAACUUUUACCAAAAUGACUGGCUCAGAUCACCCUACAAUUGCUACUUCAUUGCCCACAGUAACAACAACAUUAUUUAAAGAAUUUAGCACUUAUUCAACAUCUUCUAACCUUGAAGCUUCUAGUAAAACGACUGAUUCAAAUCAACCCACAACUGAUUCAUCAUUACCUACAGUAGUAUCAACAGUAGCAGAUGCUCCUAUUGAAUUAACUGAUGUAAAUCACGAUACAACUACUUUAUCAUACUCUACAGAAGCAACGACAUUAGUAGUAGAGGAUUCUAGCACCUAUUCUACAUCUUCUAUCAUUAAAGCUUCUAGUGAAACAACUGAUUCAAAUCAACCGACAAUUGCUCCAUCAUUAUCUACAGUAGUAUCGACAUUAGCUUCUACGUCUUCCACGGUUAAAACUUCUGAUGUCUCUCCUGCAACUUCUCCAUCAUUAUCUACAGUAGUUGAUGAAAAAGUGGGUGCGCCUUAUUCUACUGAAACUCCUUCAGUGACUGGUGAAACUUCAGAAGAAUAUGACAGUAUGCAAAACGAGAUCUUAAAACCUUACCGUAACUCUCCUGUUAUUAAAAUAUUAACAACAAAGUCUCCAGUAUCCAAGAAAACUAAUUAUAUCCAGAGAAUUCCUAAAAGAGGUGAACAAUGGCUGUAUACUCUACCCCAGCCCUUCACCAUAGUGAUAGAUCCAAGGGAUUUAACUACGGAGGUCCAGAAAGCUAUCUCUACUACUACGACCGUACGACCAAAAGUGACAAAAUAUCAGUCGUACAUUCAAAAAAUACCCAAAAAGAAAAUCGUGCAGAAUUUUAAAUUUUUGAAAAAAGACCCGUGGGAGGGGAUGAUGGUUGUCGGACAGAAGGAUUUGCUAGUCCAGAGCCCUCAUGGGGAUAAUAUGAUAUUAAGGGUGUCAAACGAUGGAAGAUUUAUUGUUUGAAAAGGGAGAAGUUUGAGUCUGGCCUAGAGUAGUUUAACCUGUGAAAAUAGCCGCCAUCUUUGAAAAAUUAAAUGAAAAAAAAUAGUCCGAAUUAAUGUGCAGUUAUAUUGUAUUUUAUAACUCAUGUAAUGCAAAUUUAAAACGUUGUAUUGCAUGCCAUGCCCCCCUAUCCAUUAAUUUUGUUUUCCAAGAUACGUCAUUUUAAAAGGGCAACUGUCAUUGGCGUCAUAUUUCAGUACGUGUUCUAUUUGACAUUGACACAAAAGACAAGUGACAAAACCUAAGGUUAUGUUUAGAGUCAAGUGGUUUCAAUUCAGAUCUCCAAAAACCGAUAAAAGACUUAGAAAAACUGAUUAAACUUCUCUCCAUUAACCACUUUAAUAAAUGUUAACCUAGAAAUUUGACAUUGACAUGUCAACGGGCUGUAAGGUCAAGGUUAUAUUUACAGUCAACCAGAUAAAUCUAAGUAAGUACAGUAAACCGAUAUUUCCAAAAGCCGAUAAAAGACUUAGACAAACUGAUUGGGAUACUUACCAUUAUCCGAUUCAGAAAUCUUAAUUAUACAAUUAAAGUCUAAUAUUCAAUUACAUCACACAUAACCUACUCUAUUUGACAUUGACAUCUGUCAAGAGUCUGUAGAAUCAUGAUUGACAAGUGACGUCUGUCAAAUCCUUGAGUGUGAAAGUGCCUAUAGAGGACAGUAGAAAAGCACUCUCUAUUAGCGAAACCAUGAGGUAACUAAAGUCAAAUUUGAAUUUUCUUGGGAGCAAUGGAAGCAGAGUAGUUCAAAGAAGAUUUCUCAAAAGCUAUAAAAGAAACAAAAAAAAUAAUAAGCGACACUUAACUUAUAGGUAGUUUCUUACAAGCAAUUAGUAAUGUUUUAUUAGUUUUAUUAUAGUAGUAACUUAUUGUUAGUUUAAGAUCUGAAAUGUACCUGCCAAAAUAAAUUAAAUUACGUCAAAA